CCCAAUCAGCGCUUAGUAUAGGAAGGGGUUUGAGCGAGCAGUGGCACACAAGUAUUUUCGUAGUAAUUCGUAGUGGCAAAUGGAACGUUGGCGUAUUUGUAACUCGUUGAAGGUGACUGACAUCGACCGGGAGUUUCAAGAGGUGUAUCAGUCAUUGGUAAAAAAUGGAAAUGAAAAUAGUUUAUGGUUGAGAGGUGGCUAUCACCACUUCAGGCAGCAUUCUAGGCCAAGCAGCUACCAGACUAUACACAGGAGCAGUGCUUCAUGUAGUCAAAUAACACAAGGAAAUCAAUCACUGAGUUUGUUAGAGUCUCCUAUAGCUGCGGGGAUUCACAGGGACAAUGAAAGGGCUGUUAAGUUGCCUUAUUGGGGAGGACAUACCACCUUCUCAGGAUGCAGCAUGUUCAGCGAAGAGCAACAGCACACCAAGUUGCACAGUGCUUCAGAAAAGGAAAGUCUUAAAGUGCAUGAUGCGCUUACACAGGACGCAUCAAAAUACAAGGAAAACCUGGAGCCUGACUUAGAAGAUGUAGAUUCUCAGUAUGCAUCCAUGAGUGAACGAGAGAACCUCUCCUAUCCUUACAGUAAUGAGGAAAUGGCAGAACUUGAAACUGUACGUCCAAGCCGGGAGGAGCAGCAUAUUAUAUGUGAAGCCUGUCAGAAAUGUCAACGCAAAGUCCUGAGAAACAAAACUGCAGCAGUUAAAAAAACUGGCGUUUUAGACCCAAACAACUGGUGUUGUGACUACUGGAUGCUGGUCAUCCGAGUUCCUGCAAGAGAAGACAUUCAGAGGUUGAAAAGAAGUUUAAGAGCGUCUGUGAAGCUUAUUAAAAGGAAACAGUUAGUGCGCAUUAAAAGAGCAGUCGAAAAUGUCAGUAAAUGUAGCAGGCCACAUCCAUUUCUUCAGAGAAAUCUUCGCUUAUGUAAACGGGCCCGACAAAAGUUAUUACAACACGCCCAGCAACGUAGAAAGACUGGCUUAUCUAAAUCUAAACCACAGAGACGUAAGAAGAUUGUGGAUAUGAACCAAACCAAAUCAAAAGUUAAAAGGCCUUUUGUUUUUAGAUUAGAUUCCAGCAUUGAAGAAGAUUCUGAUUUGGAUGUGGGAGAUGCUCGAUUAGCUGACACUAAAAAAAGGAAGCUUGGUUCUAAUGCUAAGUUAAACGAUCGUCGUCUAAUUUCAGGACCGUAUAAUUCUCUUAACUCAAUCACUAUCCCUGAUGAUAGGUCAAAUUCUACAAAGCAAAAUGAAUCUGCUAUGUAUAGUAUAUCAUUAUUAACAUCAUCUUCUAAUGAAGGGGAAUCGGACCACAGCUUUAUUGUAGAACCACAGGAAAGUGAACCUGAACUUCUAGAAUAUGGAGUUCCCUCUCCCUUUAACAGCAGGGGCCUGGAACCUGUCUUUAGUGUUCAACGGGGAAGCUUUAGGGAAAUGCUAGCCAAACUCAAUGCAGGGUGUUCAAAAAGUGCUGCUAUUAAAGAGUAUUGACUCUC